AGGUCUGUGGCCACUGGAUCCCAUGGUUUUGAGGCGCCAUGAGACCCGCUGGCUCUUGGAAGCUUUGGUUCUGGGCAGCGAUGCUCCUGCUUCCUGCUUCCGCUUCCGUGGUGAGCAGGGACAAGCCAGAGAAACAAUGUCCUAUACUGAGGAAAGAGGGACACCAGUUUACAACAGACUACACAGAUAAAGUUGAAGUUUCAGGUUUUGACCUAGGAGAGCGCUUUUCUCUGAGACGUGUGUUUUGUGAAGGUGAUAAAACUUGUAUCAAAUUGGGAAGUUCACGUCUUAUUAGAGACACCAUUAAGGUGUUUCCCAAAGGCCUUCCUGAGGAGUUCGCCAUAGCAGCCGUGUUUCGGGUACGAAGAAGCACCAAAAAGGAACGGUGGUUUCUGUGGCAGGUUUUAAACCAGCAGAAUAUGCCACAGGUUUCUAUAGUAGUUGAUGGUGGAAAGAAGAUGGUGGAAUUUAUGUUCCAAGCUGUGGAGGGAGAUGUGUUGAACUACGUUUUUAAAAAUCGAGAACUCCGUCCUUUGUUUGAUCGUCAGUGGCAUAAACUUGGCUUCAGUAUACAAUCCCGGGCCAUUUCGGUCUAUACGGACUGUAACUUAGUUGCAAGCCGGCAUAUUGAUGGAAAGGGCACUGUGGACUUCCACGGAAGGACUGUUAUUGCAACCCGAGCUUCAGAUGGCAGGCCUGUGGACGUUGAAAUUCACCAACUUCAAAUCUACUGUAACUCGAACUUCGUAGCUCAAGAAACGUGUUGUGAGAUAUCAGCCCCUAAGUGCCCAGAGCAGCAUAGCUUUGGAAGUACUGAAGCAUCAUUGGUACCCGCUCAUGCCAGUAGAAUGUCUGCAUUUCUGCCAGCAAAGCAGGAACUUACAGACCAGUGCCAGUGCAUUCCAAACAAGGGAGAAGCAGGAUUACUGGGAGUUCCAGGCUCACCUGGACAGAAGGGGGACAAAGGAGAGCAGGGUGCAGUUGGUCUUAAAGGUGAAUUGGGUGCUCCUGGAAUUCCUGGGGAAAAGGGCGAAAAUGGUUUACAUGGAGCUCCAGGCUUACCUGGUCAAAAGGGUGCACAAGGAGAAAAAGGAGAUCCAGGUUUGGCCGGAGUUAAUGGGCAAGAUGGUUUGAAAGGUGACGUGGGUCCGCAUGGUCCACCUGGCCCAAAAGGAGAAAAGGGAGAUCUGGGACCUCCAGGACCGCCAGCCUUAACUGGCUCCCUGGGGAUCCAAGGCCCCCAAGGUCCACCUGGGAAAGAGGGUCAGAGGGGAAGACGAGGAAAACCAGGUCCUCCAGGAAAACCAGGGCCUCCAGGACCACCUGGACCUCCUGGAAUACAAGGAAUGCAACAGCCUCUUGAUGGAUAUUAUCACAAGGGAAACCUUGGUGAGCAUGGAGCUGGUGGCCCAAAAGGAGAGAAGGGUGAAAUUGGACCACCAGGAUUUCCAGGCUCUAUUGGCCCUAAAGGUGAAAAAGGAGAAUCUGGUGAACCCUUUACAAAAGGUGAAAAGGGAGAUAGAGGAGAACCUGGAAUAAGAGGAUCACAGGGAAUAAAGGGCGAGCCUGGAGAUCCUAGCCCCCCUGGUGUAAUAGGAAGCUCAGGACUAAAGGGUCAGCAAGGACCCGCAGGCCCUAUGGGACCCAGAGGACCACCAGGAGAUACUGGAUUGCCAGGAGAACACGGUAUCCCAGGAAAACAAGGCAUUAAGGGAGAAAAGGGAGACCCAGGUGGGAUUAUAGGCCCUCCUGGACUUCCAGGUCCAAAAGGUGAGGCUGGUCCUCCAGGAAAAAGCCUGCCAGGGGAACCAGGAUUAGAUGGAAAUCCUGGAGCACCUGGUCCGCGAGGGCCAAAGGGAGAAAGAGGACUGCCAGGUAUCCACGGCUCCCCAGGUGACAUAGGCCCCCCAGGGAUAGGAAUUCCUGGCCGAACUGGCUCCCAAGGCCCAGCUGGAGAGCCAGGGAUUCAGGGUCCUCGAGGUCUCCCUGGGUUGCCAGGAGCUCCAGGGACCCCAGGGAAUGAUGGAGCUCCUGGGAGGGAUGGAAAGCCAGGUCUGCCAGGCCCCCCAGGUGACCCGAUUGCACUUCCUCUCUUGGGAGACAUUGGGGCCUUGUUCAAGAACUUCUGUGGCAACUGCCAAGCCAGUGUCCCUGGGCUGAAAAGCAACAAAGGAGAAGAAGCAGGUGCCGGUGAGCCCGGACAGUUUGAUUCUGUAGCCCAGAAGGGCGAUGUAGGGCCACGAGGUCCUCCAGGAGUCCCAGGCAGAGAGGGACCAAAGGGGAGCAAAGGAGAGCGAGGCUACCCCGGGAUACGUGGGGAGAAAGGCAAUGAGGUAAAAGGCUCUUCUCUGAUCAUGCAGCCCUACUGUUGA